AUGGUCAGCUCGUCUCAGCUCUUUGCGCCGAUCCAGCUCGGCGCCGCGGAACUCAAGCAUCGCGUGGUGCUUGCGCCGUUGACCCGCAUGCGCUCCGACCUCAAGACAGCCGUCCCGCCCGACCUCGCGAUCGAGUACUAUGCCCAGCGCGCGUCUGAGGGCGGUCUCCUCGUCUCUGAGGGCGUGUUCAUUGCCGCCGAGGCAGGCGGUAUGGCCGGCGUGCCUGGUAUCUGGUCCGAAGCUCAAAUUGCGCAGUGGCGCCGUGUGACGGACGCAGUGCACGCCAAGGGUGGCAUCAUCUUUGCCCAGCUGUGGGCUCUUGGGCGCGUUGCCAACCCAGCCCUCGUGCCAACUGUGUAUGGUCCUUCGGGCGACCCCUAUGUCGCCAACCCCAAGAAGCCAGUGCCUGUCAAGGUCACGCCGAUGGGUGAGGCCGAGAUCGACCGCUGGGUCGCGCACUACGCCAACGGAGCCAAGAACGCCAUCAAGGCCGGUUUUGAUGGUGUGGAGAUCCACGGUGCAAACGGAUACAUUGUCGACCAGUUUUUGCAGUCCAUCACCAACAAGCGUACCGACAAGUACGGUGGGAGCAUUGAGAACCGGCUCCUCUUCCCCCUCCGCGUGUUGAAUGGGGUGUGUGAAGCUAUUGGUCCCGAGCGGGUUGGAAUCCGCAUGUCGCCCUUCGGUAUCGUGCAGGGAAUGCGCGAGACUGUUCCCCUCGACACGUUCAUUCCCUGGACCAAGGCGAUUAUCGCUGCCCAGCCCCACCUCGCAUACAUCCACGCCGUGACCCCGCGGACGUACGGUACGGCCGACUUGCCAGCCAACAUGAUUAUCGAGACGGACGACCUGCAACCCAUCCGCGAGCUCGCUAACAAAGCCCACAUCCCGUUCAUCUCGGCUGGCGCUUACAAACCAGCCGGGGCUGUCGAGACCGCCGACAAGUAUGGCGACCUGAUUGCUUUCGGUCGAUACUUUAUCUCUAACCCCGACUUGCCGGAGCGUAUCGCCCAGGGAUGGGAGCUUAACAACUACGACCGGUCGACGUUCUACACUCGCGGCGCAAAGGGUUACGUCGACUACCCAGAGUACAAGGGCGCUGCAGCCCGCCUCUAG